AUGAUUGGACUUUAUCUUGCCAGACUGUCAUAUGGUCUUGAAGCUGUUAUCGACGGUCCAUACUCUGUUACUCUUUAUGAUAUGGUCGAUGGAACAAAUGUUUCAAUAACAAACAAAUUUAAAACACAAAUAUCUAUAAAGAAGGACAAGAAGACUAGAAAGGAUAUUGGUGCUGAAAUUUCAACAUUUAGAGGCAUAGAUUAUUCAUUGGAAGUCGAAAAUGAUCCAAAUGGUUUAUAUACAAUCAUCAGACAAACUUUAUAUUGCAAAGGAAAUGGUUAUAAAAAGUUUGAUUUUUCAUCAGGAUUCCUUUUUAACAUUGAAAAUAUUACAGAAGCUGGUGAAGAAAUUGAAGACGUUGGAUACUGCAUUAGAAUGGAUGGCAUUGGAAAGUACACAUGGGUAAUGGAGAAUAAUCCAUCAGUUGCUGAUAAAACUUAUUCAAGCUAUGGAUACAGCGCCAAGGGGCCGAAUUUAUUUACAGACACUCCUUUAAAGAACAAAAAAGAUUUGAGAUGGAUGUCAAUCACAUGGGAUACAUAUGGAAUCAAAAAAGACGAAUACCUUAUUGGGCAAUUCAUGAUUUAUAAAGGUUAUUAUCGCCCAGCAAAAAUUACAAUAGAUAAAGAUUCACUAUCAGAAACAUACGCAAAGCGAGAAAUGAUAGAUGUAAAAGGAACAAUCUUAUACAAUUUUACCCAAAGCAGUUUAGAUGUUAAAUACCAGCUUGUUAACAAACAAACAGGAAAUAUUGCUUUAGAAAAAACUUUCGCUCAUUUUACAUCAAUGGUAAAUCAUGAAUUUCCGUUUUCAGAGAAAAUCAAACCAAUUGAGGCUGGAAAUUACAUAUUAAAAGUCAUCGGAUUAAGAGAUGGUUCUAAUCCAAUCGAAUACAAGACAGAUAUUGAGAUUCUUUCAGUCAAUUCAAGACCACAAAUCGAAUUAAUUCAGAAACCGAAACAUAAGCACUUCCUUCCAAAGAAUAAAGUUGAUUUCUCAGCAAAAAUUACAGACUUAGAUGAAGAAGAUAAAGAAUUUGAUGUCUACUUCAUGUUCAACAAUAAAAAGUUUGAUCAAGGAAAGUUAAAAUCUGAUGAAGAAUUAAAGUUCACUUUUGAUAUUCCAGAGGGUUUAAAGGAAGGAACAUAUCCAGUUAAACUUGUUGCAAAUGAUGGAUUUGAAUCAAAUGAGAAAUCAUUUGAAAUUAAGGUUCAGGACAACACAAAAUUGAAUGUAAUUUUGGAAGGUUUGCCAGGAAACAAGAAAUUUGCUCCAGGUGACAGUGUUCCAUUUACAGCAAUCAUUUAUGAUCCAGAUACAAGUAUGGAUUCUUCAUUUGUUAUACAAAUCUUUUUGGAUGAAACAGAAGUUCAAAAAAUUACUCUUCAAAAUAAUGGUGAACAACUAAAGAAAGAAUUUUCAAUAACAGUUCCAAAUGUUGUUGAAAGUGAAUCUGGAAGAGUGAAUAUUGUUGUAAAAGGACAAACUGAAGAGGACGAAACAGGCUUCACGUUCUAUAUCAAAUCAAAUAUUCAGGAAGAUACAGGUAAUGGAGAUGAAGAAGAAAAUAAAGGAAAUGAAGGUGAAAAAGACAAAGGAGAAAAAAGUGAAGAAAAUGAUUCAUCUAAAAAACGAGAUGGUUCAGAGAAAGCACUAAUUGCUGUCUUAUGCGUAUUGAUUGUUUGCUGCAUUGCUGUUGCAGCCUUUAUUGUUUUUACAGUGUUAACUACACCACGCACAAAUUAA